UUGUUCUGGCACCACGAUCAAGAUGUAAACCUUUUCCAGUACAUUUCAAUGUCAAUUCAAACGAUUUUCUCUCUCCUUGUCAAUCAGGCUAAACGAAAAAGUUGCCCGAUAAGAUUUUUGGAAGCCAUCGAUGACUGGAAGAGCAAAAUUAAACGGUAUCGUAUUCAAACCGCCUUCAAAAGCAACGCCGUCGUUUUUGACAUUGUCCAUCCUUGGCUCCAUCAUUUUUCCUCUUUUAACCACCGUCCUUUCUAGUCUUUAAGAAGACACCCAGAACUAGACGGCUCGAACAUCCUCCGCGUUUUCGUUUCCUCCCGCUCCCUCUGACUCGUUGACCGAAAUUUCUUGCUUCAAUCGGACACGAAUUACUAUCGACAAGCUCUAGAUCUGUUAUUUACAAGGUCCGAUUUCACAAAUCCAAGCUUUAAAGGUUUGGAAUUUGGAUGUGCCUAUAUUUUGUUCAUAGAUCUGGGUUUGGUAGUACUUUUCGCUUUGAUUUGGUCUGGGUUUGGUUGUGUUUGUCGCUUUGAUUUAGUCUACUGGAAAUGUCGAUUUUGCCCAAAGGUGAUUCAAUUCAAAUUCGAGAAGUUUGGAACGAUAAUCUAGAAGAAGAGUUUGCUUUGAUCCGUGAAAUUGUUGAUAAUUACAAUUAUGUGGCUAUGGAUACUGAGUUCCCUGGUGUUGUUCUACGCCCUGUCGGAACUUUCAAGAAUAUAAAUGAUUAUAACUAUCAAACUUUGAAAGAUAAUGUGGAUAUGUUGAAAUUGAUCCAAUUGGGUCUCACUUUUUCGGAUGAGAAUGGGAAUCUUCCCACUUGUGGAACUGACAACUAUUGCAUUUGGCAGUUCAAUUUCCGCGAGUUUAAUAUUAGCGAGGAUAUCUUUGCUAGUGAUUCAAUCGAGUUGUUGCACCAGUGCGGAAUUGAUUUUAAGAAGAAUAGUGAGAAGGGUAUUGAUGUGAAGCAGUUUGGUGAGCUUUUGAUGUCGUCUGGGAUUGUGCUGAAUGAUGAUGUGCAUUGGGUCACCUUUCAUAGUGGAUAUGACUUCGGAUACUUGCUUAAGCUUUUGACUUGCAGAAGUUUGCCUGAUACUCAAGCGGGGUUCUUUGAUUUGAUCAAUAUGUACUUUCCCAUGGUGUACGAUAUCAAGCAUAUGAUGAAGUUUUGUAAUAGCCUUCAUGGUGGUUUGAACAAGCUUGCAGAGUUGUUGGAAGUGGAAAGAGUUGGUGCGUGUCAUCAAGCUGGCUCAGAUAGCUUGCUCACAUCAUGCACGUUUAGGAAGUUGAGAGAGAACUUUUUCAAUGGCUCGACAGAGAAAUAUGCAGGUGCACUGUAUGGCCUAGGAGUCGAGAGUGGACAGAACACUAAUUAGAAGAAAAAUAAUUGGGAAAAGAUUGAUGGAUGUAGAC